GGACGGUGGGGAAGCCCUUAAGUGGGAGCCUCGGCGUGGGAGGUGGCACGGAAGCGUUGGGCCGCUUUUAUCCUAGCCAAUUCAAAAACGUCUGGCUUCUGAAAUAAAGCCCAAAACAAAAAGAGCCAAGAGAUUCCUUGAGAAGAGAGAACCAAAACUCAGUGAAAAUAUUAAAAAUGCGAUGCUGAUUAAAGGAGGAAAUGCAACAGUGACACAAGUACUUAGAGAUGUGUAUGCACUGAAAAAACCAUAUGGCGUUCUGUAUAAAAAGAAAAAUAUUACAAGACCAUUCGAGGAUCAAACAUCACUGGAAUUCUUUUCAAAGAAGUCAGAUUGUUCCUUGUUUAUGUUUGGUUCCCAUAAUAAGAAGCGGCCAAAUAAUCUAGUAAUAGGUCGUAUGUAUGACUAUCAUGUGCUGGAUAUGAUUGAAUUAGGUAUUGAAAAGUUUGUCUCUCUAAAAGACAUUAAGAACAGUAAAUGUCCAGAGGGAACGAAACCCAUGUUAAUAUUUGCUGGUGAUGAUUUUGAUGUAACAGAAGACUAUAGAAGACUAAAAAGUCUUCUUAUUGAUUUUUUCAGAGGACCCACAGUACCAAAUAUCCGCCUGGCUGGAUUAGAGUAUGUUCUGCACUUCACUGCACUGAGUGGGAAGAUUUACUUUCGAAGCUAUAAGUUGCUAUUGAAGAAAUCUGGUUGCAGAACACCACGGAUUGAAUUGGAAGAGAUGGGACCCUCCCUGGAUCUAGUUCUGAGGAGGACACACCUGGCAUCAGAUGACCUUUAUAAAUUAUCUAUGAAAAUGCCAAAAGCUCUCAAGCCAAAGAAGAAGAAAAAUAUCUCCCAUGAUACUUUUGGUACAACUUAUGGAAGGAUUCAUAUGCAGAAGCAAGACCUGAGCAAACUACAAACCAGGAAAAUGAAGGGAUUGAAGAAGCGACCUGCAGAAAGGAUAACAGAAGGCCAGGAGAAAAAAGCAAAGAGAAUUAAAAAAAAUUGAUGGAGCUUAGCCAA